AUGGCGUCGCCUAAUGUACCACUCAGAGGCUUCUUCAGACCUCAAGCACUGCCUCCGGGUAUCCACGAUGAAAAGCCACCGGAAGCAUAUUCAGAACAGUUAGACAAACACAGAGAUACACUAGCAGAACAGGCACCUCCCAUCGCAAGCAAGUACUGCAUCCUAGCUAUCGAAACAAGUUGCGAUGAUGCAUGUGCCGCUGUCAUCUCGAGUGACGGGGCUAUCCUCGCGGAGGAGCGUGCCAGUAACCCGGAAUCUUUGGUUAAAUUUGGUGGAAUCAAACCAGAUGAGUCAUAUCGAUUCCACUUAGCUAACCUUGAUUCGAUAAUUCAGCGUGUGCUCACUAAAUCAGGGGUGAAAAUGGAUGACGUGAAACGUAUCGCAGUUACCAGAGGUCCUGGCAUGCGAAUUUGUUUAAAAGCAGGCUACGCUUCUGCUCUAAUGCUAGCGCAAAAGUACGCUAUACCACUAAUUGGUGAAAACCAUCUCGCCGGGCAUUGCUUAUCACCCUUUAUACAGGGACACCAGCUGAAAGUUACUCAUGAGAUAGGCGCGGAACGUUCGACAGAACUUAGGUAUCCAUUCCUCUCGCUAUUACUCUCCGGUGGCCACUCCCAGAUAUACGUCGUAGAGGAUCCGGCAAAGUUCCACAUGAUAGUGGAUACCAUGGACCAUUACGCGGGGAAUGUCCUGUACAAAUGCGCGAAGGAAUUGGAUUUACCGAUAGACAACGGUGGCGGUCCUUCUGUGGAAAAGGCAGCACGUAAAAUGGAGGGUGAUUGCAUUUUCAACAUUUCAGAACCUUGCAAAGAUAUGUCAUUCACCAGCUUCUGUUUUUCUGGGAUACAGACACAGCUUCGCGAGCUCCUCAUUAGACUAAGACGCGAAUAUGGCGCGAACGUGACAUCGGAACGUCCUGGAGUAGUACAUCAUCUUGCGUAUGCGUGCCAGGAAGCUGUAUUUCAACAAAUAUUACGCCAACUCAAUAAGGCAUUGGACAUUUCAGAGACACUAUUCGGUAUUGACCAACUCGUAGUGGUGGGAGGUGUCUCUUGCAACAAGCGAUUACGUGAGGUGAUAGCGCAGCUGUUACAUGAGCGAGAGGAAUCUGCGACUAAAAGGAAGCGAAACUUUAUUUCUCGCAUUUACGGACAGGUUAACAAGGCGGGCUCACUCCGGCGCUUUGAUCGCAAGGACGCUGAUGAUAACAUACUCAUACAAAACUUAAUGGAACGUAUGAGUGGUGUUAAGGAUAUAUCUGGGCUCCUCAAGUUGCUCUGGACCCAAGACCUAUAUCCCGAUCUGCUGCAGCGCAGGGAUGGCGUCCAUAUUAGCGUCCAACAGAAGAACGCGUUCUACAGUGCCGUUAUACAGGCAUAUGUCUCAUUACUAAGUGACAAGGAUGCUUAUAACAUGCACCGUAACUUGCAACAUCGUGUGCAAUCGAAUAUAACUACCCUUAAGCCCAGUGCUUGGGUACUUGCACAGCUUGCAGAGUUAGAACGCCAGGAUAAUUCGUCACUGAUAUACCGUCAUAUGAAGUCUGAUAGGCCGGAUAAAUACCGAUGGCAACUGUUUACAACAUCUAGCAAAUACUGCACGGAUAAUGCGGUGAUGAUCGGUUAUAGCCUUUUGGAGAAACAUCGCGCAGGGUUGGAUGGCUUACAUGAGGACGUUUUCGACGAAGAUGUCACUGAUAGGUGGAACCUUUCGUCACGUCGGCACUGGGAACUCCUUACUGAUAUCGCUCAUUUGCACGCGCUAACUGAGGACUGA